AUGGAUCCAUCAUUUCUGCAUCAGGGACCAGGGUACCUAAUGAUGAACCCCUAUCCCUUCAAUUACCAGACUCCAUCAAUGACUGAACCCCAUCAACUGUCAUCUAGCACCUGGGUAGACAGGCUCUCUGCCCAUGCACCACCUGGUGGCCCAUCUGUGGGCAGUUACCACACCCACCACUCUGCCCAUUCACCACCUGGUGGCCCAUCUUCAGGCAGUUACCACACCUAUCAAGACACUCACCCACCCACCUCCUUACUCAGCUCUGCCCAAAGAUAUUCAAACUCACUCACCAACAUUAUCCAUACUCAAGGUGAUCAGGAGAUCAGUUGGCCUCAGUGCCAACACCAUGUCACAAUGCCUCUGACUCCACCUCCUCCUGCAUCAGUGGGUGCAGUUGCCAAUGCAACUGCACCAUCUGAUGGCUACAUGGCCAAUGCUGCACUUGUUUCUGUGACAAUUGUGGACCAAGCAAAAAAAGAUGUACAAAAAUACAUGUUUGCUGUGGAUGCUGUGCCAACAAAGAACAUGCACACCAAAUGUGUGAAAGCAGCCAUCCAAAAAGCCACAUGCACUGUCAUUGGAGGAGAUAAUGAUGUAAUUGGUGCAAUGACAGCAAUCUGCUGGUCAUUCAAACAAUACACAUUCUGUCAUGUCCAACAUGACUAUGGCCUUUGUCUUCCAUUAGGGAGUGUCCAUUCCAGAGUUGACCACAAGAAUGUUCAAGUCCAACAGCUCCUCACUGAUCUCACUUUCCUUAAACCCUGGCAUUAUCAACCAAUGCAACCAACAGAGGAUCCCUAUACUGCAACAAAUGAAGGCCUAUUUGAGCACAAGUUAUUCAUGGAUAUCAUCAUCAACAUCCUCUUCCUGAGCCCAGGACAGCUAUACAAGGCCAUCAACAAGGACUCAAUGGAUCCCCUUUGCACUUUGGCAGGAACUGCCAUCUAUGCUGCCCUCAAGGAUCAUCAGAAUGGUGUGUAUAUAGAAAGUGCCAUUCACACAGAUAUCUGGUGUGAUGCAUACUGUGAUCUUAUGGCUAGCAUUUCUAAGCUGCAGGCAAGUGCUGUUGAGAGUGCAAGAUUGUCUGAGAUGCAGAGGGCAAUCAUCAAGAGAGGUUACAUAUUGAUUGAUGUACAAUGA